GAAUUCGGAGGGCGCCUUCGCGUGUUCCCACACAAGCCGUGCGGAGGAGGCGGUGCCAGCUGCGGGAGAAUUUCUUCGGCCUGACUCGAAGAAGGCCGCAGAGCUGAGCUGGGCUGGCGGCAACGGCUCCCUUGGGCCGUGAACAGUUGUUACGGGAACCGAUUACAGAAGGAAGGCCAAAAUUUGGACAGAGAGCCCCGAAGACCCGAGUGUGUGUAUGUGUUCGUGAAUCCGAAACCAGGACUUAACCGACCAUGGGUGCCUUUCGGGGUGCCGGGACGUUGCCGGCCUGUGCUUUAUCUUCGGCUUUCGUGACAGCCCUGGUUCUAGCGGCGUCGCUGUGGACGGCAGCCGAGUGCAGGGGAGACAUGAGACCAAAGCCGAGAAAUUAUGCAAAAGGACUAUUCCCAUCUGUAUUUAACUUGGCCAGCAAUGCGGGCAUCACAGUAAAUGCGACGUGUGGUGAAACGGGACCUGACAACUACUGCAAGCUCGUUGAGCACACAUACAAUAGAGAACCGCAGUGCGGAGAGUGCGACGCCACGAGCCGCUAUGCAGACCGGAAGCACCCGAUCCAGUACGCCAUUGACGGCAGCAACCGCUGGUGGCAAAGCCCUUCCCUCCAGCAUGGGCGCAAGUACCAGUGGGUCACCAUCACCCUCGACCUCAAGCAGGUGUUCCAAGUGGCCUACGUGAUUGUCAAGGCUGCCAUCUCACCAAGGCCCGGAAACUGGAUUCUGGAGCGAUCCAUUGAUGGAGUGUUUUACCGACCUUGGCAGUACUACGCCGUGUCGGAUGGUGAAUGCUGGGAGGCCUAUGGCAUAGCACCCACUCCGGGGCAGCCUGUUUACAAGUCUGAUGAUGAAGUGAUAUGCACGUCUUUCUACUCGAGCAUCACUCCGUUUGAAGAUGGGGAGAUUCACACAUCCCUUAUUAGUGGAAGGCCAGGCGCUGAGGAGUUUAGUGAGAAAUUGAUGGACUUCACCAAAGCCCGAUACGUUCGACUCCGGCUCCAGCGUAUCCGCACCCUGAAUGCAGACCUCAUGAGCUUCCAGGCUAAUGGUGAUUCGGACAAGCUGGACAAAUCUGUGGCCAGGCGGUACUUCUACUCCAUUAAGGACAUAUCGAUUGGAGGACAGUGUGUCUGCUCAGGACAUGCCCAGGAAUGUCCAUCCAAGGGAUCAGGUGGAGAGCUGCAAUGUCGCUGUGAACACAACACGUGUGGCCCUAGCUGCGAGCGCUGCUGCCCAUUGUUCAACCAGCAGCCAUGGAGGAUGGGCACAGCCGGCGAUGCAGCAGAGUGUGAAGAAUGCCAGUGCUUCGGCCAUGCCACAUCUUGUGUCUAUGACGCUGAAGUAGCAAAAAGCGGCACCAGCGUAAACAAGUUUGGAGAGUACCGCGGUGGCGGAGUCUGCCAGAACUGUUCGCAUAACACUGCCGGUAUUAACUGUGAACAUUGUGAAGACGGUUACUUCCGCCCUCGGGGUGUGCCGAGGGAUCACCGCAACCCCUGCCGCAAGUGCUCCUGCUCCGGACCUGGCACCACGGGGAGCUGCAUAGGGGACGACUCCCACGUUCAGGAGGGCCUGCAUCCUGGAGAUUGUAUUUGUCGCGAGGGUUUCACCGGGCCAAAGUGUGACCAGUGCAAGCGCGGCUAUCGGAACUACCCACGCUGUGAGCCAUGUCCAUGCCACCCCGCAGGAACCGUGAACCCGGACCAAUGUGAUGGCCCUUGCCAUUGCAAGAAACACGUCGAGGGUGAUCGUUGUGACCAGUGUGCACAUGGCUACUAUGACCUGUCUGAGACCAACCCAGAGGGAUGCUCAUCGUGUUUCUGUUUUGGAGUGACGAGUGUUUGCCGACCAAGCAACUGGGGGAUUGAAACUGUUAAGCAGCCUGACACCUGGACAAUAACCGACCUGCACGGCCGUCGAGAAUUUCGACCAACUCCUGAGAAUGGACACCUCACCGUUGCGAAUGAUGACGUUACUAUGGACAUGUACUACUGGCAAGCACCUGAGAAAUACCUCGGAAACAAGCUCUACUCAUACGGAGGAAAUCUCAAGUUUAUGCUCAGCUAUGUGGUGCUUCGCGGCGACACUUCAGGAUCCUACGUGGAAGGCUCCGAUGUCAUAAUUGAAGGUGAUGGGAAGCGGCUUGGCUACAACUGGAGUCUGCGACCAAGUCCGGACAAUGUGACCAUUGCCAUUCCGCUUCGUGAGCACGGCUGGCACUUGCUGGACGAAGAUGGCCGCCCUUUGAGGCCGGUGUCACGUGAGGAGUUUACGCUCGUGAUGAAUGACGUGGAAAGGCUGCUCCUGAGGGCCAAAUACCACUCUGACCAGAUUGAAGGAGCCAUGCAUCACGUAGAACUUCCUGUGGCAUCCAAGACGUCAGGAACCCUGACUAAGAUGACGUCUGUUGAGAUGUGCCAGUGCCCAGUUGGCUAUGCCGGCCUCUCCUGCGAGCUCUGUGCCCCCGGUUACCGUCGAGUCAACAACACCGUGCUCGGCGGACGCUGUGAAAAAUGCGACUGCAACAACCACGCCGACUCGUGUGAUCCAUACACUGGCAAAUGUGACGAAUGUCUGCACAACACGACGGGUCCCAACUGCAAUGAGUGCUUACCAGGCUUCUACGGCAAUGCUCUCCUGGGUUUUCCCGAUGACUGCAAGCCGUGCAGCUGCCCUCCGGGGGCCAGUUUGGACGACUUGCCCUCCGAGUGUCGAACAAUCGUGACCCCGGCCGGGGAAAGUGACUACAUUUGUCUGGAAUGCCCACCGAACCAUGCUGGCAACAAAUGCGAAAGGUGUGCGGAUGGCUUUUAUGGAAAUCCCUCCAUUCCUGGCGAGCCAUGUCGUCCGUGUCGGUGUGGCCCCAAUGCCGACACAUCGGUUCCUGGCUACUGUGACCACCGUACUGGCCGCUGCUUGCGUUGCCGUGGAAACACAGGUGGCUGGAACUGUCUUGAAUGCCUGGAUGGCUAUUUUGGAAACCCAGCCACUGGAGACUGCCGACCGUGUGACUGCAGCCUGACAGGGUCUGUAAGCCAGGUGUGCAAUAAGACAACCGGCCAGUGUCCCUGCAAGGCCAGCUUCUCAGGACGCACGUGCGACAGGUGUCAGGAUGGUUUCGGAGGUGCGGAGCGCGGCUGCACUCCGUGCCGUUGCAACCUCCAGGGCUCCGUCUCCGAGCGCUGUGACCCCAUCACGGGUAACUGCAUCUGUCGGCCUGGAGUGUUUGGCACCCUCUGCGACUCCUGCCUCGAAGGACAUUACGGUUUCUCUCUGCAUCUGGACGGCUGCAAAUGGUGUGGCUGUGACCCUCAUGGAUCCCUGAGCCCCGAAUGUGAUGAAAACACCGGGCAGUGCCCCUGCAAACCCAAUGUUGUCGGCCGUACGUGUGAUCGUUGCAAGCCUGGAUACUGGAACUUGGCAUCGCCUGGCGGAUGCGAGCCCUGUCACUGCAAUACGACUGGCUCUGUGAGCAUGCAGUGUGACGACCGGACAGGCCAAUGUCCGUGCAAGCCAGGUGUUGGAGGAAUAGCCUGCGACGUCUGCUUGCCAGGAUACUUUCGGUUCUCUCACCAUGGCUGCAGAGCUUGCGAGCCAUGCGAGGCUCCAGGCCACGUUUGCGACGAGGAGACGGGUCGUUGCAUCUGUCCCAAGAACACCGGGGGUCCUCGGUGCAACCGCUGCAACACCGGAGCCUGGGGUUACCACCCAGUCGAUGGCUGCAAGCUGUGCAACUGCAACAAGCUGGGCUCCCUGAGCCCCAACUGCGAUGAGAACACUGGCCAGUGCCAGUGCCUGGAAGGAUUCGAAGGCCAGCACUGUGACCACUGUCGACCGGGCUACUACAACUUCCCCAACUGCCAGCGCUGUGACUGCCAUCCUGCUGGCACGGACCCCAGUGCCUGCCACUUGGGAAUCUGCCAGUGUGACGAGAGAGGCCAAUGUCCGUGCAAGGCGAAUGUUGAAGGACGCCGCUGCGACCGAUGUCGAGACAGGACCUUCUCGCUGCUGGAGAGCAACCCUCGGGGAUGCACGGAGUGCUUCAUGUUCGGACGAGCCGAGCACUGCACGCAGGCCAACCGCGUCUGGGGACUGGUUGGCGCACCACCAAGGGACAUAACUGCCACCCCUGGUGAGCCAGAAUUGGAUCGGGUGCACCGGUACAAGGUUAUCCCCGGCACCCACCCCGGUUCAACUCUGUUGCGGUUGCCAUACGUUCUAGACCAGCCACUCUACUGGUCCCUGCCUGAACAGUUCCUUGGAGACAAGGUGCUUGCCUACAAUGGGAAGCUGAAGUUCACGGUCAAGAGCGAUGCCCACGACGUCUUUCCCGACGCCAUGCUGCGCCAGUACCCCCUGGUGUUCCUCCAGGGAAACCACCGCAUACUUUUGGGUUUCCAUCCUCACGAGCUGUCACCCACUGGCACCUACUACGUCCCCAUUCACGAGGAUGCCUGGUAUCAGGUGGACAACCCCCAGGUUCCCGUGACUCGGGCGAUGCUGAUGGUUGCCCUCCAAAACGUCCAGAGAAUUCUCAUCAGAGCCAAUGACGGGCCAGAUGUCAAGUUUGCCAGCUUGAAGGACGUCUCACUGGAGAUUGCCCAGCCGCUGGACCACGGUGAAGUGACUCCUUACCUGGCAUACGGUGUUGAGCAGGGAAGGUGUCCCGUACAAUACACGGGAACCUCUUGCCAGGAUCCUGCUGAAGGUUACUACCGCAAGUUCAAGCCUAACUACCUCAACAGCCGAGACAUUCUCGACUUGGUCGGCUGGGCCGAACCCUGCAACUGCAACAACCGCACCCGAACGUGUAACAAGGAAACUGGAGUUUGCAUAAACUGUGGUGGCAACACCAUUGGCGACCACUGCGAACGGUGCGCCGAGGGAUUCUUCGGAACACCCUCGCGAGGGCCAUGCCUGCCGUGUGCCUGCCCACUUCCCACUAACAGCUUCAGCAGCACUUGCCAGACACACGGGCCAGACUACAUCUGUACGGACUGCCAGGAGGGCUACACUGGAAGGCGUUGCGAGAGGUGUGCAGACGGCUUCUUUGGGAACCCGUUGGUGGAUGGAGGUCGGUGCGAGAGGUGUGAAUGUAACCAUUACGGGUCACAAGGUCAUCGCUGUGACCACCUGACCGGCGCGUGCCACUGCUUGCCCGGCAUCACCGGUCGCGACUGCUCCAUCUGUCCAGCACGGCACAUCCUCACCGAGUAUGGCUGCAAAUCCUGCGAUGACGACUGCACGGGACGGCUGCUCGACGAAGUGGAGCACAUGUUGGCGCUCCUCGACAGGUUGAAUGCCACCGACAUCAUCUCCGCUCCCUGGAUUCACUUGUUGGCAAUUCAGGAGACCUCUCGUGUGAUGAGGACUGACCUUGACAACUACCUCCACCUAGUCGACAGUGGCAACCAGGUUCUGUCCAACUUUUCGUUCCACUUCAACUUGGAGACACAAGCAGAGAUCCUGUUUGAAAGGUCCAAAGACAUGGUCCGUACUCUACCCGGAGUUGCGCAUGAUGUCGACCACCUGUUGCUGAGAGCCAGGGAUCUGCUGGAGCUUGUGAACAAGUACUGGAAGGAAAUUAUUGAUGCUGUGGACCAUCUGAAGCAGCACGGCUUUGGGCAUGGUGGAACAGCCACCGGCAUUGAGCGCCUCGUUGAGGAAGCGAGACGAAUCCUGCUGGAGUUGCAGAAGCGCAAUUUCGAACGUCCCUUGGAUGAAUCAAACAGGGAGCACAGGAAGGCACACCAGCUCCUCGAGCGAGUGAAGAACCUAGUGCUCAACCUGCAAGAAGUAGGCGACAUGGCCGACCGACUCGACCGCAUUGAGCAGCUCCUUAGCGAAAUGGUGCGCCGAAUCCAGAACGAGGUGCAGAACCCGACAGCCAGAGCCUUGGACCUUCUGGAAAGGGAGCUGCAGACCCUUCAGUCAAUUGAGAAUUUCAUUGGUGGAAGCCAAGACGGAGCUGGCAGAGCAAAUGCCUCGCUCGUGGAGGCCAGAGAAUGGCUGAGGAAAGCCCGAGACGCAAUUAUUGACGCUGCCUUCAAGUUUGAUGAGCUACCUCGGCUGCUGAUGGAAAUUUCAAAUGCAACUGAUGCACUUGAGGAACGUCGGGGGACUCUCGAUCGCCUCAAUCCGGAGUACAGAGAGAAAUACGUCCUGAAAUGUGGACGCCACGCCGACGAAAUGGGAGCCCAUGUUGGUGCUCUUGCGGACCAGUUCAGGACUACGCAAGAGGUCUCCGAGUACCCCCUGCGGGCUGCCCGUGUUUACCAGAACAUCGUCGACGCUCUCCGGGAUGCCGAGGAUGCUGCUAGGAAAGCAGCUGAUGCAGCGGACAGAGCUUUUGACGAGGCAUAUCCACGAACUGGCGACAGCCUAAUGCAGCAAGCCGAGAGUGCAAGGGAGCGAAGUGAAGAUCUGCUGAGACAGGCGAAGCAGCUCAGAGACGAAGACAUACCAGAGCUGCAGUACACGAUGCGUGUCACCAAGAGCAGGCUCAAGGGUCUUGGCGAAGACAUUGAAGACGGAAACCAAGCAAUAGCGGCCAUCAACCGAGAGCUGGACCGUCUUCCCACUGACAUAGCUGGUCCAUUGGACGAUGCGCUCAGGGAAGCCGAUCGUGCAGACGAGAAGCAGAAAGGGGCCAACGACCGUGUGGACAGAAUCAUUGGGCUCCUUGCGGGCACGUCAGCCAAAGUGGCUACUCUACAGACAGGAUCGGCUGCGGGACUCGACAACCUGACACGCCUCAUUGACGAAGCCCAGCGGGGCAUCAAGCAAGCCGACCAACUGGCCAGCCGGUCCGAGCAGUCUGCGGCACGAGCUCGCCAGGCACACAACAUGCUGCAGCUCAACCUGAAAGAACUUCGGGACAAGAUCCUCCUGGCUAGACAGCGGCUUCGAAUACGAGUGUCACUGAGUGCUGACUCCAAUGACCAGUGCUCACGAUCGUUCAAACCCGAGAUUGAGUCAACCAUGACCAACAGCAUCAUACUGAACUAUGCCAUCAAGGAAAACAACCAAGACAGUUUGCUGUUCUUUUUGGCUAACUCCAAAGGAAAGGAGGACUUUAUGGCCAUCGAAAUGGUGAACCGAAAGAUCAAGUUUUCGUGGAAUGCUGGCGGAGGCACUCACAGCAUCACGCACAGCAUGACAUUCGACACCAAUGAUCCGCAGCUUGGACGAGAUUCGAACUGGUACAAAGUGGAGGUCUUCAGGGUUGGCAACGUGGCGACCUUGAGCGUCAAGCGCAAGCCCGACGGUGCCCGCGACGAUCCCGAAGAGAUCACGGGGGCUGCGCCAGCUGGAUUUGGCAAGAUGGAUUUGGACUCGAGCUCUCACUUUUACGUUGGUGCAGUGCCCGACAAUAUUUCGGCUGCACAAGAGCUUACUGCAACGACAUUUGUGGGCUGUCUGCACGAAGUCAUCCUUGACGGCAAGCAAGUUGGUCUCUGGAACUUCCUCACAAACGAGGGCUGCGAUGGCUGCAAAUCAGGACCUACUGAAGAUGUGGACCCAAGUGCGUUCCACUUCAAAGGCGAGGGCUACUCCAUCCUGCCUCAGAUACGCCGCUACCAGAGCAGCAGUUACUACAUCUCUUUGCUCAUCAAGACCUUUGACGAAGAUGCGCUGCUGUUCAUCUGUCCAAACCCUGAUACAGGUGAAUUCGUGUCGCUGGGGCUUCGGGGUGGCCACGUGGUGUUCAUGUUCAAGGUGGGCAACAGUGCGCCCAUGGAGUUGCGCACCAAGCGAAGGUACAACACCGGAAACUGGACCCGCGUGGUUGCCGAGCGAGACAAGCUGCAAGGUGUCCUCUCCGUGGAAGACGAACUGCUCCAGGGAGAGCUGCCACGACGCAGUACGAGUGAACUUCAACUCAAGCGCAGCAAGCUCUAUUUUGGUGCCGUCCCACCAGACUUUGACACAUCCAAGUUCAGCACUGUGGGUUUCCAGAGCUUCAUAGGCUGCAUGAAGAACCUCCAGGUUGAGACGACUCCGUUGGACUUGCUGAAAUAUGAAGCGUACGGUGUGGAUCCUGGUUGCAGUGAACGGAAGGUGAAGUUGGUGAGCUUCAAAGGAACGGGCUACCUGGAGCUGAAAGGAAAGACACUGGCUGCUGAGGGAAACUUCGGAUUCACCUUCCAGUCGAUGCAGACGGAUGGCCUCAUCAUGAUCUCAACGUUCUCGGGAGUUCGGGGUGCUGACAGCAAGAGAGACCACUACUAUUCAGUGGCUCUGAAGGACGGUCACAUUGAGCUACGCUUCAACGGCGGUGCCGGGGAAGUGGCCUCACGUUCGGAACAGCGCUACAACGACAACAAAUUCCACACCAUUACUGUCAUCAAGAGGCAUCGAAAGAUUCAGGUGAAUGUGGACGACGCUGAAAUAGACAGCCUGCGGUUGCCGAAGGGCACGGGCGACAUUGAAGGUCCUAGCCUGGGAGGCCUCUUCUUCGGGGGCGUCCGAGGUGGCACCGCCAUAGGUGACCAGGCGGCUACUCGGGACCACUUUGUGGGUACCAUCAAGGAUGCGGUCUUCAAUGAUGUCCUCCUGGGCUUCAACUUCCCGGUGUCACACGAAGAUGCCGGCAUCGGACGGCUGCUGAAGCGCCCGCGUCCCAUGCCACCCGAGCAUGACCGAAUGGCCGUCCUCACGGAGCAGGAGCUCGACCAGUGCUCGGACCAACCACCACACGACUUGCACGACAAGGCCGUCAAGUUUGGGGACACUCUCAACAGCCACGUGAUGUUGUACGAUGCCAUCGAGUUCAGAAACAACUUUAACGUGAGCCUGGAGCUGCGGACAUACUACCCCAACGGAGUGCUGCUGCUUGCCCAAGCCGGUUCCCAGAAUCGGCAGUUUGCUCUUGUCCUGUCUGGAGGCCGAGUCUUGCUCGAAAUCACAGAGAGGAUGGAGAGGAUGCCAAAGAAGCUCCACAGCCAUGGUGGCCUUAAUGACGGCGAGUGGCAUCACGUUGGCCUUUCGAAGGAGGGCUCCCGACUGGCACUGUCCGUGGACGACAAGGCGGCAUUGAAGUUGCAGGUGCACAAGCGAAUGCCCUUCCGCAGCCCGCUAUACGUCGGCGGCAUUGCGCCACGCCUCUCCGUCCCUGAAGAUCUCGUAAAGGAGAGCUUCAAGGGUUGCAUCCGGAACUUCAAUGUCAACAACAGAUAUGUGGACUUGGCCAGCGGAGAGUCUCAUGGCGUCGGACAGUGCUUUGCCAACAUAGAGCCUGGAGCAUUCUUCCAGGGAGAUGCAUAUGCUGUUUAUGACGAGCAGUUCAACGUGGACAAUAAGCUGGAAGUGCAACUAGAAUUCCGGACAUGGAGGCUGAAUGGUGUCCUGAUGAGCUUGGCCGAGAAUCCAGAUGGGGCCCCUUCGCUGGCCAUGGAGCUUCACGACGGUGAAGUAAUCGUGUCCGUGGACUUGGGCCAGAAUGGCACUGGCCCCUUCCGUGCCCGCAAGAUGUUCGGCUCGCGCUUCGCCAUGUGCGACGGACAGUGGCACUUGCUACGUGCGCAUUUCUCACGCAAUGAGAUCUCGCUGCGCAUCGACCGGCAUCAAGUUGCGUACGGUCUGGCGCCGGCCACUCCUUCAGAACCGCACACCGAGAGUCCUCUCUACAUUGGUGGCCUGCCAGAGCACAGCAGCAAUGGCGCCCUGUUUGGCCGAGACAACUUUGUUGGCUGUCUCCGUAACCUGGCCAUCAACGACAAGCGCAUCGACUGGAUCGACAUGGCUUCCCUGCAUAACGUGCUCCCCAACUCAUGCCCUGCCAACUGAGGGCACAAUUUGCAUAUCCCCGCCUUUACUGCCACUAUUUAUUCCAACACGCGUCGGCCGCAUUAACCCCUUCCGUGUCUUGGUUGUGCUUGCUUUGUUUGUGCAAUCUUAUGCAUAACUUCUUUUUUGUGCAAGGUCAGAUCGUCCUUGACGGUUAUGCCCACUCUUUUACGUCUUCGAACGUAUAGGGCCUGCCCUAUCGGUUUGACGCCUUGAUAACAGGUGACGGCACCGUAUUGCGCUGAAGGAAAAUUGGAACGGAAUAAUAGUAGGAUCUGGUUGUUUUUUGCUUCAUGUGGUUUCAUCAUGUUUUCGUUACCCAGUAUGGUAUUUCCCAUGAGUAUGACUCACACAUUUGACAUUCAUAGAAUGAAGUCUAUGGCUUCGUGCCAUUCAAGUUCUAGCAAUAAUAUGCGGAUUUUUUUUUUCUUCUGCUGGGCUAAAGAGCAGAGGAAGAACAUGGCAAGCAGCUUGGUGAAAACGGAAAAUUUAGCAAGAAUGCGUAUAGGCUAUGUUCGCUGAAGAGGCCUCGGCACCAAUACUAUAUAUAUAUAUAUAUAUUUAGUGAUUUGGAUAUGCUGCUUCGUAAUGGUUUCGAUUUUACCAGGUUUUGAAACGCAAAAAAAAAAAGGGAGAGAGACAUUUUCUGGCUGGUAUUAUCUUCACUCGUGCAAGAGAUUUGUGGCCUCAAUAUUCUGGCAGUACAUUGCAUUAAUGGUUCUUUACAAUUACGUAUUUUUACCAAGAUUCAAAUUGUAAAAAAAUAUGUUUGCAUUUGUAAAAAAAAAUGAAAAAAAGAAACACAGGAAGGGGUUAAAACAACGCACAUUUUUUGCCAGAGCUUAACAUGCACAUCUAACGCUGCAUUUCCGAAAAGCUACAUCCUGUACUUGAGUAAGAACCUGCCAUCACUAAAUAAAAAUUUGCAGAAUUUUCAAUUUGUGCAGAAGUAAAAUGUAUAGAAAAGUUUUAUAAAUGCAGCUGUGCCUUGGAAUGGGUGUUAUAUUGUUUGGAACAAACUGUUCCAUGCAACAGGCAAUGCUUGAAAAUGCUUAGGCUACUUAAAAAGAAUUCCAGCAUGACAUAGCAUGUAAAUAUGCUGUUGGUUAUUGCAGUACCUUAUAAGUGAAGCUUACCUUCAUGAAAGCGGUGUUUGACUUAAUGAUAUGUAAUGCUUUAUCACUAUAAGUGAAGCAAAUUUUUCAAUUUUAUUUCCAUCUCAAGCUGACACUGCCUUUUGGGGUGAACUGACGAGGAAGUACAUACUAUCCAUCUUACAUAGCGGCAGAGUAUACAUAGUGAGAUAUCUACAAGACUGCCUUAUUAAUGAUUAUAAUUAGGAGUGGUCUACAAUUGUAGUCAUGAAGAAGGGGUGUUUUAUUGUGUACUAGCUUUCUAUGUGCUACUUAUGAUUAAUAUUUAUUUGUGUUGUGAACUAAAGGGCUCAUAUUAAACGAUGUUAAAAGUGCCAUCAUUUUGUGCAUCCUACUGCAUCACUAUUCGAUAUCAGUUUGAAUACAGAAGCCACUGCCACCGGUUCAGAAAAAGAAAGUGUUUGUAAUUGGAUUCAUGGAGAACAUGAAUUUCUGCUCACGUGUUCACAUCUGUGCCAUAUUAAAUGCAAUGUCAUUAGGAAGGGUUGAAUGAAAAGUUCAGUACAUUACUUCCGGUUUAUCCGCAAGUCAAAUUUCUGCGUUGGAUCGAAAGGCAGUUUGAUGUUGAUAGCUUAAAAAUUGUUUACGAUUAGUUGCCAUAAUUGGUUUCUGUAAACAUUCCAACUGAAAACAUUUAUAUGCAUUCUCAUGACUGCGCAUAUUUUCUGUAUUAUUUACACAGAAUGGACACUUCUGUGUGAAUAAAACGUAAAGCAUACGGAAUUAUAGCAAUGGAUAUGAAACUUUUUCAGUGGAAUGACGGUGAUUUUUCUUUGAUUCGUGAAUGUGUUUACAAUCUGGCUUUUGCUGAGAGAAUAAAUUUGUUCAAAAUU